AUGGAUAUUUACGCUGAAUAUCCCCUUCCUGAGAACGGCUUUAUCCGAAUAGCCACUAUCCAUCCUGGAGAUUCGCAAGAUGAGAUCAAAAUCAGUUUGACUGUCGUCGAAUUCCUCGAGGCUAAUCCUCCCAGAUAUGAGGCUCUCUCUUAUGUGUGGGGGUCAGAAGAUGAUCCAGAAGCUAUUCGAAUUAUAGUAGACACGGAAAGAACUUUUAUGUUCCCCGUAACGCAGAAUCUGUCCACCGCACUACGAUAUCUACGCCGAUUAUCAGAGCCCAGGAUCAUAUGGGUUGAUGCAAUAUGCAUUAACCAGUCAAGUAAUAUCGAGAAGGGCGAACAAGUCAUGAGAAUGGGAGAUAUUUUUCGAGCAGCGAGUCGCGUUAUCGGAUUUCUGGGCGAAGAAAACAACGAUAGUUCUCACGCAAUGAACAUUAUGUCUUACAUUGGUUCUCAAGUUGACGUGAAUUGGGAAUUUUUAAAUAUGCGGCCGGCAAAUAAUUGCACAGACCCGAUGAUUAGUGACCAGAAUUGUGUCCUACCGAUGACAACAAGAGACAUGUGUGCAAUAUACCACAUAUCGCAUCGCAACUGGUUCGAGCGACUUUGGGUCAAGCAGGAGAUAAUACUUGCUAAUAGCUAUGCUAUAUUGCAAUGUGGCACAGCAGAGACGAGCUGGAUAGCAUUUCGAAGAGCAUUGUUUUGCCUCUUCGAUCUUCGCGAUCAGAUCACUUUUGACGUCAGCCGAUAG